AUGGCCCCCAACAAGAGCUUUUCCUGGACUCAGUUCUUCCCACCCAAGCCCCGAUUCUCUGCCCAAGAUAUGCCAAAUCUUCAGGGAAAAGUUUAUGUUGUCACAGGUGGCAAUAGUGGCAUGGGAAAGGAACUCGCGCAAGCACUCUACGCGAAGAAUGCCAAGGUCUACUUAACUUACCGUAUAGAAGAAAAGGGAUCGGAGGCUAUCAAGGAUAUCAAGCGGAAGGUUCCCGCUUCGAAAAGAAAGUUGGUCUUUCUUCAUUUGGAACUCGCAAAUCUUAAGAACGUACGAGCAGCAGCCAAGACGCUUCUCUCGCGUGAAUCUAAUAACAAGCUCCACGGCUUAUUCAACAACGUAAAGAUGAUAGUGGGCCCGGCAGAGCCCCCUACCAAGACAGCACAGGGCUACGAGGAAGCCAUCGGGGUCAACUGCAUCGGCACAUUCCUCUUCACGAAACUACUCACCCCUGCGUUGAUUGCGGCAGCUAGGUCUGAGCCUGCAGAUACCGUACGUGUUGUCUGGCUAUCCUCAUUUGGGUUGGAACAGUUCGCACCGGAGGGGGGUGCUAUCGACAUGAGCAACCUGGACUUCCACAAUCCCAAGCCCGGCAUCGAGCGUUAUGGUCUAAGUAAGGUUGGGACCUGGCUUGUGGCUAUCAACCCUGGUAACAUCCGGACCGCCUUAGCCAGGCACCAGGGGGCUGCACUCAAGCUGAUCGCUGGGGCGAUCGUGUAUCCUGUAAAGAACGGGGUAUCUGCACAGCUAUUUACCGGCUUCUCCAAGGAGAUUACUACCAAGUUUGAUUGGAAAACCGAGUGGGUCAUUCCUUUUGGACGUAUCGCCCGUCUUCGGCCAGACCUUACUCAGGCGACUCUGCCGACUACAGAUGGUGGGAAUGGCAGUGCGCAGGUGUUCUGGGAGUGGAACGAGCAACAGGUCAAGGACUAUUUGGAAUAA